UUAUCGCUCGCUUGACUUUUAACCGGCGGACGGUUUAGUGAAGAGGACAAGGAGGAGAAGGACGAAAGCUCAGGAAGAGAACCCCGUUGGGAAUCUGGCACCUUACCAACACCGGUGGAUCACACAUUAACAGAAUUCGCCAUCAAUCCAAUUAUCGGGAUAAUAGAAGACGAAUAGGUAUGGAACGCAACAGAACCAUGGCCGGAGAAGUGUUUCGGAUCGCUGUUGCUCAGAAUCAACACUGACCUGGCACCCACACCGAGGUCCCGCCCCCUUCUCCAGCACCCCAAGGACCCUUCUUUCCCCAGCAACUGCUUUGCCCUCCAUCUCACCUUCACUCAGCAGCCCUGCAAAACCUCCACAAAAAAAAACUCCUUUUAGUCUUUAAGGGUCCACCUGCUUGUGUUGUUUUUAAUCCCCCUCUUAUGCUUUACCUUCCAGAUUGUUGGUUAUAAUCCACAUUGUCUCAAACAGACAAAAGUUCUCCCAAACAGAAUAGAAGCAGGUGGCGGAACAAUAUGAAUCCAGUCAUGUACCCCCUUGGACUUGCUUCGAGUAAGCAAAGUCGACGGGGUUUGUUGUCCCGGACACGCCCUCUUAGUCUUUUGACAGACUGGUACCUCAUGAGUUUGCUAGGGCUCAUUCUGCUCUUCAGCCUGGCCUCGAGCCAGAAGAUGGAUCCCUCCAAACACCCCAUAGUCACCACUAACUACGGCAAGCUCCGAGGCAUCAAGAAGGACUUGAACAAUGAGAUUCUAGGCCCCGUAGAGCAGUACCUGGGCGUGCCCUACGCCACGGCGCCCAUCGGCGACCGCCGCUUCCAGCCACCCGAAGCCCCCGGAUCCUGGCAGGAGAUCCGCAACGCCACCCAGUUCGCUCCUGUGUGCCCUCAGAACGUCCACGGGGUGCUGCCAGAGAUAAUGCUGCCCGUGUGGUUCACGGACAACCUGGACGUGGCGGCGGGUUACAUCCAGAACCAGAGCGAGGACUGCCUCUACCUCAACGUCUACGUGCCCACGGAGGAUGAUAUCCGUGACCGCAGGAAGAAGCCGGUGAUGCUGUUCAUUCACGGGGGCUCCUAUAUGGAAGGCACCGGAAAUAUGUUUGAUGCCAGCGUCCUCGCCGCCUACGGCAACGUGAUCGUAGUGACCAUGAACUACCGCCUCGGUGUGCUCGGCUUCCUCAGUACCGGAGAUCAGUCCGCUAAGGGAAACUACGGCCUGCUGGACCAGAUUCAGGCCCUGCGCUGGCUCAACGAGAACAUCGGGCACUUCGGCGGCGACCCAGAGAGGAUCACCAUCUUUGGGUCUGGAGCCGGGGCGUCUUGCGUCAACCUCCUCAUCCUGUCACAUCACUCGGAGGGUCUGUUCCACAGGGCCAUAGCCCAGAGUGGAACGGCUAUCUCCAGCUGGUCCGUCAACUACCAGCCCCUCAAGUACACCAAGAUCCUGGCCCGCAAGGUGGGUUGCACCUACACGGAGACGGCCGACCUCGUUGACUGCCUCAGGCGCAAGAAUUUCAGAGAGCUGGUGGACCAGGACAUCCAACCGGCCCGCUACCACAUCGCAUUCGGUCCGGUGGUGGACGGAGACGUGGUGCCCGACGACCCGGAGAUUCUCAUGCAGCAGGGGGAGUUCCUCAACUAUGACAUCCUAAUAGGAGUGAACCAAGGAGAGGGGCUGAAGUUUGUAGACGACAGUGAGGACAACGACGGCAUCUCCGCCGCAGCGUUCGACUAUACCAUCUCUAACUUUGUCGACAACCUCUACGGAUACCCUGAGGGCAAAGACAUCCUGAGGGAGACCAUUAAGUUCAUGUACACAGACUGGGCAGACAGGGACAAUGGAGACAUGCGGAGGAAGACUCUGUUGGCUCUGUUUACCGACCACCAGUGGGUGGCUCCGGCAGUGGCCACAGCUAAACUCCACGCUGAAUUUCAGUCCCCGGUUUAUUUUUACACAUUCUACCACCACUGCCAGACAGAAACGCGACCCGAAUGGGCUGACGCUGCCCAUGGAGAUGAGAUACCUUACGUGUUUGGCGUACCCAUGAUCGGUGCCACAGACUUGUUCCCGUGCAACUUCUCCAAGAAUGAUGUGAUGCUGAGCGCCGUGGUCAUGACGUACUGGACCAACUUUGCCAAGACUGGGGACCCAAACUUGCCAGUUCCACAAGACACCAAGUUUAUUCACACCAAGCCCAACCGCUUUGAAGAGGUCAUCUGGACCAAGUUCAACUCAAAGGACAAGCAGUACCUCCACAUCGGCUUAAAACCUCGUGUUAGAGACAACUACAGGGCCAACAAGGUGGCUUUCUGGCUGGAGUUAGUCCCCCAUCUUCAUAGUCUACAUGAGGACCUCUUCCCCACCACUACUCGCUCGCCGCCGGGCCCUGGCCCUGGUACCCUCAGACCCUGGCCCAAAACUCCAGGCCCUCGUACUACUCGCCACCCCUACCCAACCUUCCCCUCCGAUCCUGAGCCUGAGGGUUCAGAGCGUCCACACCAGGACCUCUUCCCUCUAAACACCCGUGACUACUCCACUGAGCUGAGUGUGACGGUUGCCGUGGGAGCGUCGCUCCUCUUCCUCAACAUUUUGGCCUUUGCCGCCCUUUACUACAAGCGUGACAAGCGGCACGAGAUGCGACGACACCGGCUCUCUCCACAGCGGGGCGGCCCUGCCAACGACCUGGCUCACAGCCAGGAGGAGGAGAUCAUGUCGCUGCAGAUGAAGCACUCAGAACACGACGCCCACCACGACAUGGAGCCCCUCCGGCCCCACGACAUUCUACGGCCCGCCUGCCCACCUGACUACACGCUGGCGCUGCGCCGCGCCCCCGACGACGUGCCGCUGAUGACACCGAACACCAUCACCAUGAUCCCUAGUACCAUCACCAGCAUGCAGCCUCUCCAUGCCUUCAAUACUUUCCCCUCCACCGGCCACAACAACACCCUGCCGCACCCCCACUCCACCACCAGGGUAUAG